AUGUCCGCGACGUCCGCAGCCUUCGUCGCCCCCGUCGCGCGCAUAUCGUCGCGCUCGACGCGGCGCCAUCGCGUCCACGCCCCGAUCGCGCGCGCGGUCGCGCCGUCGUCGUCGUCGUCGUCGUCGUCCGUUCAUCCUGUGCGCGGCGACGCGCUUCCCACCUUUCCCGGCGGUUGGCUGGGCCCCGACCUUGCAGCGGACCCGGGCUCGUGGACGCACAGGCUCACCGAUGACGAGGUCGCGGAGCUCGACGCCGCGCUGGCGUCCGCGGAGGCGGCGGGGCUCGACGUCAUCGACCUCACCCCGGACACCUUCCCGCUCCCCACGCUCAAGACUCGACUCGACGCCACGAGGCGCGAGCUCGUCCACGGCCGCGGGCUCUGCCUGUUCAGGGGCGUCCCGGUCCACAGGUACACGCCGUGGCAGAGGUGCGCGGUGUUUUACGCGAUGGGCGCGCACAUGGGCUGGACGUGCCCGCAGAACGCCCGCGGUCACGUCCUCGGGCACGUCAAAGAUCUGGGCGCCGAUCCAAACGAUCCCACGACUCGAAUCUACACCACGUGCGCCGCGCAACCCUUCCACACCGACAGCGCCGACAUCGUGGGGCUGAUGUGUCUCGAGAACAGCACGACGGGGGGGGAGUCGAUGGUGGUGUCCUCGGUGGCGGUGUGGAACGAGCUGGCGCGGACGGCGCCACAGCUGGCGCGAACCCUCUUGGAGCCAUUCCCGGUGGACCGAAAGGGCGAGGUGCCCCCGGGGAAGCGGCCGACGUACGACAUGCCGGUGUUUCACAGGCACGGCGCGCGCGCCAGCGACGUCGACGGCAGCGCGGUGACGGUGUGCGUCGGUGCGGGCGAAGCGGGAGAUUCGGAGGGAGGGCGCGAGGGAGGGUGCGAGCUGCUCAGCGGGAUUUACGACAGGAACUUCAUCGACGCCGCGCAGGCGCGGUUCACGGAGGACGACGGCGUGCCGCGGCUGACGCCGACGCAGAUCGCCGCGCUCGACGCCCUCGACGCGACGUGCGACGACCCGAGCGUCCGUUUGGACAUGCGCCUGGAGCCCGGCGACGUGCAGUGGCUUCACAAUCACACGACGUUUCACGCCAGGCGAGAGUACGGCGACGGGGAAGGAAAAGGCCCGAGCAAGAGGCACCUCCUGCGGCUGUGGAUCACCCCCCCGGACGCGAGGGCGCUGCCGGGGGCGUUCGCCGAGCGAUUCGGGGAUCUGCGCGUCGGGGCGGGACGGGGCGGGAUCAGGGUGGAGGGACAGACGCCCUUCUGCGCGCUCGAGCCUGGGGCUUGA